AUGCAGAUCCCCACGCUUCCAGUGAAAGAUGGCAAUGCUGUCCCCAUGCUCGGAAUCGGCACCGGGACUGCUUGGUACAAGGAUAGCCCAGACGAUCCUUUGAAUCCACAGCUCGUCGAGCUACUAAAGACAGCCCUUGCACAGGGCUAUGUACAUGUCGAUACUGCAGACUCGUAUGGAACUGAGCGAGAAGUUGGCCUAGCAAUACAACAAAGCGGUAUUCCACGAGAGAGGCUCUUCAUCACCACCAAGGUUCAGCAUGGAUGGGAAAAUGUUGCUGCAGCUUUGGACGCCAGCCUUGAGAAACUGGGGUUGGAAUACGUGGAUUUGUACCUUUUGCACAAUCCUUACGUGAUUGCAUCCAACGAAGGCAUACAAGCAGCAUGGAAGGGCCUCGAGACCGUCAAAGCACAAGGAAAAGCCAGGUCCAUUGGCAUUUCCAACUUUCAGAGGCAUCACGUUGAAGCCCUCCUCGAGACAUGCACUAUCAAACCGGCAAUGAAUCAGCUAGAAUUCCAUCCCUAUCUCCAGCGCGCCAACGACUUCGUGCCUUGGAUGCGCGAACAUGGUAUCGAGGUAUCGUCCUUUAAAACUUUGGCACCAAUCACUGUGGGCAAAGGAGGGCCUCUAGACGAGCUGCUUCCGUCGCUCGCAACAAAGUAUGAGGUAGCUGAAUCGGUAAUACUGCUGAGCUGGUGUAUUGGACAGAAUAUUGCUCCCAUCACAACAACUUCUAGCCAAUCUCGCCUUUGCGAGUACAAGGCAGCUACUCGGGUAGUCCUGGAAGCGGCGGACGUCGAGAUAAUUAGUCAGGCUGGGUUGAAGCAUCACUUUAGGUGGUGGGGAAAGAAUUUCUUUGAACCAGACGAUAGAUCUUAG